UGGAGCGGAGCGGAGCCGCCCGGCGCGGCCCGCGGGAGCGCUGCCGGGGCCGGCCGGCAGAGCCAGCUGGACAUGAUGGACCACCUUGCAAACACGGAGAUCAACAGCCAGCGCAUCGCUGCAGUGGAAAACUGCUUUGGGGCUUCUGGGCAGCCCUUAGCCUUGCCGGGCAGGGUGCUCCUGGGAGAAGGGAUUUUAACCAAGGAAUGCCGCAAGAAGCCAAAGCCUCGCAUAUUCUUCCUUUUCAACGACAUCCUGGUCUACGGCAGCAUCAUCAUCAACAAAAGGAAGUACAACUCCCAGCACAUCAUCCCCCUUGAAGACGUCACUCUGGAGACGCUGCCGGACACCCUGCAGAUGAAGAACCGCUGGAUGAUUAAAACCUCCAAGAAGUCCUUUGUGGUGUCCGCAGCCUCCCUGACGGAGAGGAAGGAGUGGAUCAGCCACCUGGAGGAGUGCAUCAAGCACCUGCUGAGCAAGACGGGCCGGCAGCCCUGCAGGGAGCCCGCGGCUCCCUGGAUCCCAGACAAGGCCACGGACAUCUGCAUGCGCUGCACGCACACCAAGUUCUCCACGCUCACCCGCAGGCACCACUGCCACAAGUGCCCCACAGUUCCACAUGUCUAUACAUAAAAAAAAGGCACACCUGCCCAUC